AUGGCGGUGACGUCAGGGCGAUGGCGGCGGCGGCGGGCCGGGCGCUGCCCCCAGCGGGCCGCUCCAAGUGGGACAUCCGGGAGGAGGUGUGGGAGCACCUGGAGGCCUCGGGCCUGGCCGAGUUCCCGCGGCCCGUGCGCGGCCGCAUCCCCAACUUCAAGGGCUCCUCCCAUGCUGCCACCAGGCUCCUGGGCUUGCAGCAGUUCCGGGCUGCCCGGCUCCCUCCAGGCCUGCUGCUCUCUCAGGGAGCUGGAAGUGUUCAGCAGAGCACGGGAGGUGAAGGUGGAUCCUGACAAACCUCUGGAAGGUGCCCGGCUGGCAGCUCUGCAGGCAAGGAAGACUUUGCUGGUUCCCACACCACGUCUGAGGACUGGGCUGUUCAACAGGAUUGUUCCCCCUCCAGGGGCAACCAAGGAGGUGCUGAGGAGAUGUGCCACAUCUCAGGGUGUAAGAGACUUCAGCGUGCCUGUGGGGCUGGACAGCAAAGCACAAGUGGACUUGGUUGUUGUGGGCUCAGUGGCUGUCUCUGAAAAAGGCUGGAGAAUUGGCAAAGGGGAAGGUUAUGCAGACAUGGAAUAUGCAAUGAUGGUGUCCAUGGGGGCAGUGCAGGAGGACACACCUGUGGUCACCAUUGUGCACGACUGCCAGGUGCUUGACAUAGCAGAGGAGCUGCUGGGUGAUCAUGAUUUAACUGUGGAUUACAUCCUCACUCCAACCAGGACCAUCCAGACCAAUUGCAAACGCCCAAAACCUCAGGGAAUAAUGUGGCACAAGGUCAGCUCUGAGAUGCUGGGGAAAAUCCCCAUCCUAAAGACUCUUCGCUGGAGGGAGGAGCAGGCUGGCAAGGAUGUCACCCUCCAAGAUGAACACCCAGCCCUGGCACACACCAAGAGAGCAGCAAUUUCACACAGGGAGGUGAUGGCUGCAGAUCCCCAGCCAUGGGCUGCUCCAGGCUCAGCCCACGUGGGAAGUGAUCCCAUAAAUCCCAAAUCUGAGGGAUCUGCCCCAAUCACCACCGUGUAUGUGGGGAAUUUGCCCGGCAGCCUGAGGGUGAGCCAGCUGAAGAGUGCCCUGAGGGAGCUGCAGGUGGUUCCUGCUGCCCUGAAGUGGCAGGGAGCACAGCACAGAGCUUUCCUGGCCUACAGGGAGCAGGGGGCUGCUCACAGGGCUCUGUCCUCCUUGCAGGGCCUGAGCCUUGGGGGCAAUGCCCUGAGAGUGGAGCUGGCCAAGAGCCACAGGAGCAAAGGGCAAGGAGAAAUCGAUGGUCACAAAUGAGUAUGGAGGGAAAAAAAACCCAAAACAACACAAAAAAGGUGUUUUCAUUGUUUUGUGAGAAGCCAACCCGAAGUUUUAAGGUUUUUUGUAACCGUCAGGUUUAACAAAAUCAAAUUUCUGCACAAACUUUCCUCAGUUCUACACGUGGACAUGCAAAGGUUUGUCCCCACAAAGGGACAAGGUGACAGAGGAGCCAUUUCUCUAUGAACAAUUGCUCACAAAGUACCCACACUCUGGUUUGGUGCUGUCUGGUGGUUUUGUUAAGCCUGGCUUAAAGCCCUGCCCACCUGCAGCAAGGUGGUUGCAGUCACUCAGUUUAGGUUACACCUGCCCCUUGAGACCUGCCAGGUUAAAAGGCAGCAGCAGGAAAUCUGUCCUGAGGGGAACAAUUCUGUUUACUGAAAAAUGGGCUUUGCCUGUUGGAAGUUUUCAGUUUAUUUUUUAUAAAAAUGACCAGGGACAGAGAGAUUGUUCUUUUUGUGCCUUGAAGAGUGGCUGUGGAAACACUGGCUUAGUUCUAGCUCUAGUAAGAGCUGGUAACAUCAGGUGGGAAAGAUGGGAGCCCUUUUCUCAGCUUUUUGCUAAAUCAGCCCUUGGUAAACCUUAUAUUUAUUAUUUCAGAGGAAGCAAAUCCCAAUUUUCUCUGCUUUUCCCCAAAACUGCUGUUCUGUUGGAUCAGAUAAUUAUAAAAUUAUAAUUUUAUAAUUUAGCUGUAUAAUUUUAUAGUUCAGCUUCUUUUCUUGACUGUCUCUUCUAAUGGGAUGUGAUUCCUUUGCCUCUGUGAAAUAACAUUAUUAUUAUUA